AAAAUAUCUAUGUAUCUACCAACCUUGCUCUAGACUAGACUCUAGAAAUAUCAAAAUAUAUUAUUAUAAAAUAAAAAAUAAAAUAAAAAUAUCUUGAUCUUCAUUCCUAUGCUAUGCUAUGCUAUGACGUGGUGAGAAAGAAUUCAGUCACAGAUAUUUUCUAUCAAAAAUAUCUCUGCCACUUACCAUAUAUAUAGUACCAUGUGUUUUACUUUACACCAUGUUGACUCUACUCUUAUUUCAAUAUACCCUUCAUUAUCACUUUAACUACAAAAAUGCCACUACUUUUAUUACACACAUACCCUUUUGCAAUUUGUCCUUUUAAGAAGGUUAUUUUCGUCAAUAAAACUCAAACAUUCUUUCUUAUUACAUACUCCUAGUUUUGGGUUGUCAGAAAACAGAACAGAACAGAACAAAGAUUGUUUUUUUUCAGACUCUUCAGAGAGAGAGAGAGAUAUGGCUAUGGCAAGAGAUAAAAAAGAUGAUGAAGAAGAGGUUCAUAAUCAAAAUCAAAAAAGUGGGAAGAGAUUGAAAUGCAUGAACAAGAUGAAGAAUGAACAAGAAAAACAAGUUAUAGUUGUUGAUGAAGAAGUAGAAGAAAGUGAACUUCCAUUGAAACCAGACCUUUUUUUCUACCCAACAACACCAACAUCUUUUGUUGUUGCUGAUGCACUUGAAUCAGAUUUUCCCAUAAUUUAUGUCAAUAAAGUCUUUGAAAUCUCAACUGGGUAUCGUGCUCAUGAAGCCCUUGGUAGAAAUUGUCGAUUCUUACAAUAUAGAGAUCCUCGAGCUCAGAGGCGACACCCUUUGGUGGAUCCAGUUGUUGUGUCUGAGAUUAGAAGAUGUCUUGAGGAAGGUAUCGAGUUCCAAGGUGAACUUCUGAAUUUCAGGAAGGAUGGUACUCCUUUAGUCAACAGACUGAGACUUACACCGAUUCAUGAUGAUGACGGAAUUGUGACACACAUAAUAGGUAUCCAAAUAUUUUCCGAGGCAAACAUAGAUCUUAACCGUGUUUCCUAUCCAGUUUUCAGAGAGACUUGCAUUCAAGAUUUUGAUAAAAAUGCUAAAUAUUCUCCCAAGAGUGGGAAGUUAUCGUACAGUCCGCAGCAGCGCGAAGAGAUGUGUGGCAUUCUUCAGCUUUCUGAUGAAGUCUUAGCACACAACAUUUUGUCGCGCUUGACACCGAGGGAUGUUGCAUCCAUUGGUUCUGUUUGCAGGAGGAUUCGUCAAUUAACAAAGAACGAGCAUGUUAGGAAGAUGGUUUGUCAAAAUGCAUGGGGCAAAGAAGUGACAGGUACAUUGGAACUGAUGACAAAGAAGUUGGGAUGGGGUCGUCUGACUCGGGAGCUUACUACUCUCGAGGCUGUUUGCUGGAAAAAAGUGACAGUUGGAGGUGGGGUUGAACCUUCGCGCUGCAAUUUCAGUGCUUGUGCAGCAGGAAAUAGGCUUGUAUUGUUUGGAGGUGAAGGAGUUGAUAUGCAGCCUAUGGAUGACACUUUUGUUCUAAAUCUUGAUGCUAAAAACCCAGAAUGGCGAAGGGUUAGUGUGAAAUCAUCCCCGCCCGGACGGUGGGGACACACGCUCUCUUGCUUAAAUAGUUCUUGGCUGGUGGUUUUCGGUGGAUGUGGCAGACAAGGAUUGCUCAAUGAUGUGUUUGUGCUCGAUUUGGAUGCUCAACAACCAACAUGGAAGGAAGUAUUCGGCGGAGCACCACCUCUUCCAAGAUCAUGGCACAGCUCUUGCACAAUUGAAGGUUCCAAAUUGGUUGUCUCGGGUGGUUGUACAGAUGCUGGAGUACUUCUUAGUGACACGUACUUACUAGACCUUACCAUAGAUAAUCCUACAUGGCGAGAAAUUCCAACUCCAUGGACUCCACCUUCUAGGUUAGGGCACUCACUCUCAGUUUAUGGUAGGACGAAGAUUCUCAUGUUUGGUGGACUUGCAAAGAGUGGACACUUAAGGUUAAGAUCAGGUGAGGCUUAUACAAUUGAUUUAGAAGCUGAACAACCAGAAUGGAGGCAACUAGAAUGUAGUGCAUUCACUGGAUUAGCAAAUCAAAAUGCUGUUGUACCUCCUCCUAGAUUAGAUCAUGUUGCUGUAAGCAUGCCUUGUGGGAGGGUCAUUAUAUUUGGAGGUUCCAUUGCAGGUCUUCACUCACCGUCUCAGCUAUUUCUAUUGGAUCCUGCUGAAGAGAAACCAUCAUGGAGGAUUCUCAAUGUUCCCGGGGAACCACCUAAAUUUGCUUGGGGUCAUAGCACUUGUGUGGUUGGAGGGACUAGGGUUUUGGUGUUGGGUGGACAUACUGGAGAGGAAUGGGUACUCAACGAGUUGCAUGAAUUAUGUUUGGCAAGCCGACAGGACUCCGACAUGUAAUGAAUGAUCUUGUGAACACCAACUGGUUUGGAUCAUCUGCAGUCAGUUUAUCCAAAUCUCGGUCAUUGAUCGAGAUUUGGCUGAACUGGCCGGUGGCUGCUUAGGAUCUGAUUUGAAACCAAACCCUUUAUCUUAUCUCAAAAGAAAGCUUUACUUUGGAUUGGAGUUCUUUCUGCCUUUAGUAGUUUGGUUUUGUUUAUAUAAUAUUGUAUGACUGUUAUAUGACAUUUGUAUUAUGAGUAUAUUUACCACGGUUUUUGUUUGAUAUAUAUAUGGCUUGAGGAAACCGAUGUAUAUCAGAAUUUUGGGCAGUUGUAUUGUAUCAUCCCUCCUUUUACAAUUCAUUCUAAUAAUAAUUCUUUUAUUAUUAAUUUUUUAAAAA